AGUAAAGCGGUAAUAUAAACUCGGAAAGAAGAGCUUCCGGCGAUCUCGCCGCGGCAACGCUAGUUUGAAGUCUCCUUUCCCUCCCAACCGCUAUCUGCCUCUUCCCGGGGCUUCCAUCCGCCGUCCGAUCUGGGAUUGGACGGUUCUGUGUCUGAGCGAAGCCGCCGAACUAGCGACCGCCCUGCAGUUUUCUUUUUUCUCUCCGGAGUGCCACUGGAAGACGCGGGAGUUGUUUUUCCGCGUCACUCUCAUCUUCUUCGUAGAGAAAGCCAGAGAUCGUACUUCUUGAGUGUGAAGGCAGGGGGAUGGAUCGGCUGAGGAGCGGGAGUCCGAUGCACACCAGGCAGCGGAGCGGUGGGUCGAGCAGCACGGGGUCGUCGUCGCCGUCCAUGUCGCCGGCGCAUUACCAGACUAGAACCGGAUCGAUCGGGUUAUCCAACAUCAAGAAGACCCAGAACGUCGCGGCGAGGGCUGCAGCGCAGCGGCUGGCGCAGGUGAUGGCGUCGCAGACAACCGGAGAUGAUGAUGAUGAUGAAGAGGAGGAGGAUCUAACUUUCCGGUACAAUGCGACAUCGUUCGCUGCCUCCGCCGUCGGAAGUAAUGGCGCGGCCAGAAAACUGACUGCUAGAUUUCCGUCUCCCGCGUUAGGUCGGAACAUUAUAGAACAGACUCCAUCUGUUCGUUCUACAUCUGCUGGCCGGCCUUCAAUAUCCUCUCGCCCAACAACAAUGGUGCCACCUGCUAGGCCCAUGCUUAAGACGCCAACUGCAGUUCCACCAUUAGAACCUCCUGUUGACAGGAGAAAUGAUAAAAGAUUUACAGCAGAUGCAGGACAAUCAAACUCAAGGGUUGAAGCAAAUCAACCUGGUGCUUCUGCUCUUCGGGAUGAGCUUGAUAUGCUUCAAGAAGAGAAUGAAAAUAUUCUGGAUAAGCUCCGGCAUGCUGAAGAGAGAUGUCAAGAAGCAGAAGCCAGAGCCAGGGAGUUGGAGAAACAGGUUGCUGCCUUGGGAGAAGGUGUAUCAUUAGAGGCUCGAUUACUGAGCAGAAAAGAGGCUGCACUGCGAGAAAGAGAGGCUGCUCUGAAAGCUACAAAGCACACUAAGGAUGCAAAAGAUGAGGAGAUCAUGGCUCUUCGGUCAGAUGUCAAGGCUGCAAAAAAAGAUGCAGCAAUAGCUGAAGGACAACUUCCAGCAGCAGAAGCAGAGGUGAAGUCUCUCCGGAUGAUGACAAGGAGGAUGGUUUUGACUCAGGAAGAGAUGGAAGAGAUUGUUCUUAAGAGAUGCUGGCUUUCUCGUUAUUGGAGUUUAGCUGUCAAAUAUGGUAUCCAUGCAGAGGUUGCAGGUCGAAAGCAUGAGCAUUGGUCUUCACUAGCUCCUCUUCCUUUUGAGGUUGUCCUUUCCGCUGGUCAAAAGGCCAAAGAAGAUUCUUGGAGUCAAGGUAAUGAUGACCCAGAGAAGAGAGCCAAGCGGGUGCGAGAUUUGAAUGAUCUUACUGGAGAAGGCAACAUAGAGAGCAUGCUCUAUGUCGACAAGGCAUUGCAGGAACUAGCUUCUUUGAAGGUAGAGGAUGCUGUUGCACUUGAACUGGCUCAGCAUAGGAGGCCAAGCUUGACUAAGAUGGGCAUUCACGCACUUUCAGAGCUCAGCCAAGAUGAGACUGAGGAUGUGCUUUUCAAACAGGCCUGGUUAACGUACAUGUGGAGGAGGGCAAAGACACAUGGUGUUGAGGCAGAUAUUGCUGAUGACAGGCUGCAGCUCUGGAUUAGUCGAAGCGGACAGUCGCCAACCUUGCAUGAUGCUGUGGAUGUGGAGCGCGGUCUGAUGGAAUUGCGGGAGCUGGGCAUUGAAACACUGCUGUGGGAGGCAUCUCCCAAGGAAUCUGAUCUAUCCUCUGGUGCUCAAGUUGGUGCCGAUGCAGAAGUUGCUGCUUGAUGGUUUGAUCAAUCCAAUAUACAGAACUCUCUCUCUCUUCCAUUCAUUUACAUGACCAUAUCAGUGAUCUACUUGUUCAUCUGUUCCAUUCAUAUCAGUAUGUGUUGUUUCUAGUGUGCUUCAAUUCCAGGUUAUAGUAAGAGCAUGUACCAACAGUUCUUCGUACUUUUCAAGAGCGGCUUCUAAGUUUUGUAACGCAUUGCCUCCAAAAGGUCUUCAAUUAUGUUUC